AUAUCAACCAACAUACCCAUUUUAUUGUGUGUUGGUCUCUCACCUGCCUUGUGCUCACAUCUCUCCUUCAUAAUUUGUUCCCUCAAAAGAUUUCUCGAGUAGUAUUGCUGCUUUCCUUUCAAGAAUUCAAUAUUCUUGAUAUCACAAAGCAUAUAUAUAUAUAUAUAAAUAUAUAUAUUGAAGCCAUUGCUAUCAUUUUCCAAGCUUGUUUCUUGGAACCAUUUCCAUAAAAAAGAAUUUUCUUAAGAAACAAACAGAAUGGGAGUUGGAGGAACUUUAGAUUACAUCUCUGGGUGGGUGAGCAAUGGCCAUAAGCACAAGAAGAAGAGGAAGCAAUUUCAAAAUGUGGAGCUCAAAGUGAGGAUGGACUGUGAAGGCUGUGAGCUUAAAGUCAAGAAAGCCUUGUCUUCACUAAGUGGAGUUAAAUCAGUGGAGAUAAACAGGAAGCAACAGAAGGUGACUGUAAUUGGGUUUGUUGAUGCAAACAAGGUGUUGAAGAAGGCAAAGUCAACAGGGAAGAGGGCAGAGAUGUGGCCCUAUGUUCCUCACAACAUUGUGUCUCAGCCUUACAAUGCUCAAUCUUAUGACAAGAAGGCACCUCCUGGCUUUGUCAGGAAGGUUGACAAUCCAACAAGUGGCACCCUCACCAGAUUUGAGGACCCCUACAUCACCAUGUUCAGUGAUGACAACCCCAAUGCCUGCUCCAUCAUGUAGAUAUAUGCAUGAUGGAAAUAACUCUCUCCCCCUCCCUCCCUCCUGAGGGAGGCCUAAGCUCUCUCUCUCUCAGAGGGUAUUUUUCAUAUUUUGCAAGUCCUUGUAAGUUCUGUUGUGAGUGAUUCAGGUGGACACACAGCUUUAGAAUGGUUUUAGCAGAUUGAUGAAAAUAAAAUGGUUGUUAUGAGACACCAAGUAUUAGCUUUACUUUAAUUUAGUUUCCUAAUGCAUUAUUGUGGUUUUACUUUUGCUUACCACAACAGAAAAAAGGUUAUUAUGUCUGUGAUGCUUUGGGGAUUGUACACAGCUGUAGCCUGUAAAAAGAUGCAAAUGCAAGCUGUCUGAGGCGAAAUUUCUUUGUAUACGCUAGGAAUCUGAAAUUCUUCACCAGCAUUUACUAAUACU